AUGAGAAACCCGGUCGACGAGGGACAUCCCCAAGUAAUCAUGGCAAAGCGCUACCUAGACGAUGUGAAGAACGCCUCGGAGUCCCUGCUCAGCUUUCCGCUUUAUUCAAUCCAGGUAGGGAUUCGCAGCGGAUAUCGAAGAGAAAGCCGGUUAAUGGGAUAUUUUCAGUCGUUCCUCCUGAAAUACAGUGGCUCUGUGAUUCCAUCUUCUAUCGCAACGCAGGUCACCCGAAUUGAUCUCAAUAAGAAUUUGGGGGAACUGGUUGCGCCGAUGAGAGAGGAGUGCAUCGACACGUUUAAAACAGUAAUGCCAGAAUGCAAAGAUUGGGCACCUUUGAAAUUGUGGGACGUGUUUCUACCGAUGAUCUCCCGCAUCACCGGCCGAGUGCUCGUGGGCGAGGAACUCUGCCAGAACCCCGAAUGGAUCCAACUAACAAUCGCUAACACACAAGGGAUUAUGAAGUCCUCGAUGGGCCGAAAGGACCUGAUUAACCUCCGCAAGCGAGCGGCACGGCUAAUCGAGCCCGUUUACUUGCAGAGAUUGGCGGCGUACCAGGCAGGAUCUUCUCAUCGACAUCGAGAUUCGAUGCAGUGGUUCAUAGAAAAUUCCCAUGAGAAACCCCUGUCGCCGGCCGAGGUCGCCGAUGCGCUACUAUUUCUCUAUAUGGCCGGGAUUCACAGCACCAGCGCGACGAUCGUGUCUAUAGUCUAUGAUUUGAUUGCGCAUUCCAAGUACGUCCCGGAGCUGAUUGAGGACAUCCGACAAACGCUGGCCGAGUCUCCCGAGUGGUCAAAGCGGAGUUUGUCCAAACUCCGCAAGAUGGACAGCUUCAUGAAAGAAAGCCAGCAAUUGAAUCCAGUGGGAUGUGUGACCGUCCAACGCUCAACUGUCCGUCCCUACACUUUCUCGGAUGGCCUAUACCUUCCGGCCAACACCUUCCUGUCCUUCCCGACCUAUGAGUUUACCCACGACGAAGAGACGUAUCCAAAGCCAUUUGACGGCCUUCGAUUCUACCGGAUGCGCGAGGAAGGAGAUCCUAGCAAGUUUUAUUUCGCGACGGUGUCGAACGACUCGACGAAUUUCGGCGCAGGGUUCCACGCGUGUCCGGGUCGGUUCUUUGUGGCCCACGAACUCAAGAUUAUCAUUUCAGAGCUCUUGACGAGCUAUGAGUUGAAAUUUGCGAGCGGCACGGAGAGACCGCCUGAUUAUUGCCAUGAUUUUAUGAUUAUGCCGAACAUGCAGACUGAGGUUCUCGUCCGGCAGAAGCAGGGUGUCUUUUGA